AUGGAUCACACACUCUUUGGCUGCCUGCGCAGCCCCCAUGCCACUGCGCAGAGCUUGCACCCUUUCUCCCAGUCUUCUCUUGCCCUGCAUGGAAGAUCUGACCACAUGUCCUACCCUGAUCUGUCUUCUUCUUCUUCCUCUUGCAUAAUAGCGGGAUACCCCAAUGAGGAGGGCAUGUUUGCCAGCCAACAUCAUAGGGGGCACCAUCACCAUCACCACCACCACCAUCACCACCACCAGCAACAGCAGCACCAAGCUUUGCAGACGAACUGGCACAUUCCUCAGAUGUCGUCUCCUCCCGCCGCGGCCAGGCACAGCCUCUGCCUUCAGCCUGACUCAGGAGGACCCCCGGAGCUGGGCAGCAGCCCCCCUGUCCUGUGCUCGAACUCUUCCAGCCUGGGCACCAACACCCCCACGGGGGCAGCGUGCGCGCCAGGGGACUAUGGCAGGCAGGCUCUGUCCCCGGUGGAAACAGAGAAGAGGUCCGGCAAAAGGAAAAGCGACAGCUCAGAUUCCCAAGAAGGCAACUACAAGACAGAGGUCAACAGUAAACCCAGGAAGGAAAGGACAGCUUUCACCAAGGAGCAAAUCAGAGAGCUAGAAGCAGAAUUUGCUCAUCAUAACUAUUUGACCAGGCUGAGAAGAUAUGAGAUAGCAGUAAAUCUUGACCUCACUGAAAGACAGGUAAAAGUUUGGUUCCAGAACAGACGGAUGAAGUGGAAGCGCGUAAAAGGGGGCCAGCAAGGGGCAGCAGCCCGGGAGAAGGAACUGGUGAAUGUGAAAAAGGGCACGCUGCUCCCCUCCGAGCUCUCCGGCAUCGGCGCCGCCGGGCUGCAGCACACGGGGGACUCUCUAGCCAACGACGACAGCCACGACAGCGACCACAGCUCCGAGCACGCACACUUAUGAUGCACACAGAGUGCCCCAGCUCCGUUCUCAGGAAAGAUGCUUUGCUGGCAAGCCUUACACAGGCAUCGUUUACUUAUGCAAGUGACUCUGGCAGUGAUCUUUAAAGUUGUUAUGGAAAAUUCAGGCUUAUUGUGUCUGCUUUUCUCGAUUCGUAGAUGGUUUACAGUAAGUGCCAUGUCUUAAAGGUGCCUCAAGAGUGGAGAAGUGGAAGACAAACUUACUUUGAACAUUCCAGAUUUGUUUGUCGUUUUUAUGACAGCGGGCAGGUAUUUUUGCUUAAGCUUGCACUGAAAAUUACAUUGCUCUCAAAGACGUUAUAUUCUGAAAACCACAGUGCCACAAAAUCACUAUCUAGUGGAUAAGAAUUGUAUUUUAACUCUGUAUAUAUUUACCUUACAGCAUUUUCCUGUCUUCACUAAUUUUUAGCAAUGCAUUCAUAUUAGCUGAUGGCAAUAGUCACUCAUGACAAUAAAUGGCUUUUUGUCUCUAUAUCUUUGUUUUGUUUUACCAAAGACAUACAAUAAAUGCAGAUACUUUUGUUCAAGUAGAGAACAAUACAAUAGUGUCUGCUAGGACACAUCCUUGUAUGACAGACAAAACAAACCUUAUGUUGCAUUUACUAUCAACUGCUGCUAAUAGGGUAUUAUUAAAUUUACCUAGCUCCUCAAUUCUUCUUAUCUUAUAACUGCAAAAAGUGAUUUUAACAAUCAUAAGGAUAGUCCAGUAACCUGCCAAAAAUGUCAUGUUCCACUCAUGCUCAGUGGAAACUUUCCAAAGGAUUAGUCGUCUCUACUUUGUCAUAAUUGAGUACAUUGAUAAAUGCUGAAACUCUGCAGAAAUGUUGUUGCUUCAUGUUCAGUUUGAAAAAACAGCAGCUAAACUGAAAGCUAUUAUCAACUGCUUAUGUUGGCAGAAAUCAAAAUAUGAAGGUAACUCUGUAUUGUGUCCCAUGUGUAAAAUCAAGACAUAUUUUCUGUUAUAAGCUUUUGUGUACAUACAGGCAAAUACCAAACCCCAAAAUUUA